AUGGCCAAUCUCUCACGUCUCGAGCGCCUGCUCCAAGCCAUCGGUGAAGACAAUCUGCCCCACCCGUCCAUCGCUCCUGCCGCAAAGCCUCAGGAAAUCGAGGAGGACCAACGUCACCUCAUCAAAUCACAACCGACGUCGUCAGCCAACGAAUGGUGGAAUGCACAGCCAGUCACACCCAAAGUGGCACAACCGAUCACAUCCAAACAGGCACACGUCUCACCCCAGUCCAAUCCACUCUCAGGCACUCCUGCACCCCUUGGCCUGCGCUUCUCUCCCUUCAUCGCCAUCACCAAGUUCCCCUACAAAUUCGUUCAGAAGCAGUGGAUGCAACCAAUUGCGACUUUGUUCUUCGACCAGGGCAAGAUUUGGGAACGCGAGUGGGAUCUCUACUACAUCUGGACUGAACACUGUCCCAGCCCCAACCCGAUUGCAUUCAUCCCCGAGCACCAGCUGAACGACUUGGUUGCCGAAAUCAACCAAGCAUUCCCCGACGCCAACGUCGUCAUUACAGACGACCUCCGUGAAGACGGCCUGGUCCUCGAUUUCAACGAGUUCACCGACAACCCCGAUUUCCGUCCCCGUUGGCUUGGUCGCUCCACUUCCAAGGCCCAGUACCAGUCGUGGAUGGACAAUCUCAUCAUGGCCAAUUCCACCCCGUCCGCUGCUCCCGAAAGAUCGCUGCAAGCCUUCAAGGAGAAGAUUGAGCGCGCCGCCGAGAUCAACAAAAACAAGAGCAAAGCAACCAGGACCAAACGUCAGCAAGAGCAAGUGGUCAAACGUCAGGUCAUGGCUCAGUCUCUUCAGCGAGCCCAGCGCUACCUCGGAUUGCUCCCCCCAACUGACCCUACAAUGCCCGACAUUGCCAGCUUGUCCCCUUCGCCCAUCGACGUUGACAAGCCCGCAAGCCACCCAUUCGAUCAGGAAGUCAUCUUCAUCGCUUUCGACGUCGAGCUGUAUGAGCGCGGCCCCAACUUUGUCACUGAGAUCGGCGUUGCAACUCUGGACACGGCCGACCUGGCCGAUCUUGCCCCUGGCAGAGUGGGUGAGGCAUGGCAGAAAGUCAUCCGUGCCCGCCACUUCCGCAUUGCAGAAUACAAACACUACCGCAACAAAGACUUUGUGGAGGGGUGUCCGGACAAGUUCGAAUUCGGAACGAGCGAGUUUAUCUCCAAGGAUUCAAUCGGCACGACGCUGAGCUCAUGCUUCAAACCGCCCUUCAGUAGACCCGCCGAAUCGGAGAGAGAGCGUAAUGUAAUUCUCGUGGGCCACGACAUCAGGAUGGACAUACAGUAUCUGCAGAACGCCGGCUUCAAUGUCCUCAACUCCGCAUCCGUCAUCGGCCAAAUCGACACUGCGGAGUUGUAUCGCGUCUACUCCAGAGACCCCAACGCUCGCUCGCUCGGUGGCAUACUGCUCGACCACGAUCUCAUGGGCUGGCACCUGCACAACGCGGGCAACGAUGCAGUCUAUACCUUGUGGGGCCUUCUCGCGACAUGCGUGCAGGCUGCAAGCCAGCGCGGAACUGCCGAAGAGGCUCUCAAGCACCAAAGCGUGAUGGAGAAGAGGAUGGAAGUGGCGGCGGAGCAGGCCAGGGAGAAGGUUCUUUUUGAUGGGGAGGGAUGGGUGGUUGGGGGUUCCACGACUGAAGAGGGUCAGGAAAAGGCCAAGUACUACACCCCUGGUGGUGCAGCAUUGGAUGUGUGA